UUCCUGAAAAGUGAGGUUGGCCCAGUUGGGCGGGGCUUAGUUUAAACGGCUCCAUUCUCCACUAGAUGGCACUGCUUACCUUACUGGGUGCAUUGUUAUGGUGCUUGUAGGUGGGUAUGCGCAUGCGCGGGAGGAGUGAAAAUGGCGUCGCCCAGCUAUUCAGUCUCAAGUGUGGGAACUCUGUGCUCUCCCCAACCAGCAAUCGCACACCCGUCCUUUGUCUCCGGUUUCUGUCCACUCCCUGCUUUUAGACUGUCUGUGACCAAGCCUUCAGUUUGCCAGGAGGCACCUCUCUCCUGGGUUUUAUCUCAGAUGCGGCUGUAUUUCCUAACCCUCAAUUCUGAGGGACUGUGGCUUUGACCCGCUCAGAUCCUUUGGGAGAGGGUCUCACCGAACAAUGGCCAGUGCCGGCCACACCCAGGAAUAUUCGCAGGACUGUGCUGCUGCCGAUGCCCAGAGACUGCAACUGGGUGCCAGCCUGCCCCAGAAAACGUUAACAUGAUCAUAUAGCACCAGCGUUUCAGGGAUUAUGGGAAAUCACAACAUACAUCUGGUACCAGGUUUCACCCUUAACGACCUUGUUCCAGCACCAGCGAAUGUGGGUGUUCGCUGGGGUCUGCUGCGACCAGCUGGCCACACAGUCUCUACCAAAUGUCCUUCCAGCAAUGGAACUGCUUCUCUCUGUGUGGCCCGUGGACGUCCCGGACGCUAUUCUGCUCCUGGAGAUUCGCCCUUCCCACCAGAGCACCACCAGUCUCUCUCCCUCUCCCCCCUGCGUGGUUCAUUCUCCCGCGCUUCGGUGUCCGAGACCUGAGAGCUGCCCGGCACCCAGCUCUGCUCCGAGAGAGAUGGAGGAGCUGGGGUCCCGUGAAGAGGUCAUGGAAGAAGUGACAUCGUGCUCCUUCAGCAGCCCUCUGUUCCAGCAGGAAGACAAGAGAGGGAUCACCUACCGGAUCCCAGCCCUGCUCUACAUCCCCCCCACCCACACCUUCCUGGCCUUUGCAGAGAAGCGCUCCACGAGCAGGGAUGAGGAUGCUCUCCACCUGGUGCUGAGGCGAGGGUUGAGGACUGGGCACUCGGUACAGUGGGGACCUUUGAAGCCACUGAUGGAAGCCACAUUACCUGGGCAUCGGACCAUGAACCCUUGUCCUGUGUGGGAGCAGAAAAGCGGCUGUGUAUACCUAUUCUUCAUCUGUGUGCGAGGCCACGUCACCGAGCGUCAGCAGAUCAUGUCAGGCAGGAAUGCAGCCCGCCUCUGCUUCAUCUGCAGUCGAGACACUGGCUGUUCAUGGAGCGAGGUGAGGGACUUGACUGAAGAGGUUAUUGGUGCAGAGGUGAAGCGUUGGGCCACAUUCGCUGUGGGCCCAGGUCAUGGCAUCCAGCUACAGUCGGGGAGGCUGGUCAUCCCUGCAUAUGCCUACUACAUUCCUUACUGGUUCUUUUGCUUCCGGCUACCAUGUAAAGCCAAGCCUCAUUCCCUGAUGAUCUACAGUGAUGACCUAGGGGCCACAUGGCACCACGGCAGGCUCAUUCAGCCCAUGGCAACAGUGGAGUGCGAAGUGGCAGAGGUGACUGGGAGGGGUGGCAACCCCGUGCUGUAUUGCAGUGCCCGGACACCAAACAGGUGCCGGGCGGAGGCUUUCAGCGAUGACCGUGGUGAAUGCUUUCAGAGACUAGCCCUGAGCCGACAGCUCUGUGAGCCCCCGCAUGGCUGCCAAGGCAGUGUGGUGAGUUUCCGGCCCCCGGAGAUCUUACGUGGGUGCCAGGACCCUAAUGGCAAAGAUGCUUCUACCAUUCAGCAGAGCCCUCUACUGGACAGAUCACUAAGGCUAGAGCAAGAAGCUGGAACACUGUCUGAAUCAUGGCUCUUGUACUCACACCCAACCUGUAAGAAGCGGAGGGUCAACUUAGGCAUCUACCUCAAUCAGACCCCCUUGGAUGCUGCCUGCUGGUCCCACCCCUGGAUCUUGCACUGCGGGCCCUGUGGCUACUCUGAUUUGGCUGCUUUGGAAAAGGAGGGCUUGUUUGGGUGUCUGUUUGAAUGUGGGACCAAGCGAGAGUGUGAGCAGAUUGCCUUCCGCCUGUUUACAGACCGAGAGAUCCUGAGCCAUGUGCAUGGGGACUUCACCAGCCCUGAUAAGAACCCUGAGCCAAUUGAAAGCUAAAAACUGACUUAGGACCCAAUUUUCCAUGGAAAGGAAACCACAGAAGGCAACCACAGCCAGGAUAAUGGAGGCCAGGUUAACAGAAGUUAUUGAAGCCUACAGAGAAUCCAAAAACUUAAUAUUGUGCUCCCUACCUUUUUUCCUUCUCCUCCAAGGAGCAAAAUGAAAAAUUUUCCAUAGCUACUACAGUGGAAAGAACUAUGAGUUGGGAAACCAUGAUGUGGUCCUGGUUGUGCCACUGGCUUGCUGAGGGAUGUUGAACAUAUCACCUGAACUCUCUGGGCGUCAGGUCUCCAUUUGUAAAAUGAGAGGAUUGGUUCUGGGAUUUUUCUUCUUCUCAUUUCUAGGAAAGACAGAGUGUCUGCAUGCUCCAUGAUCAGCAAAUGCUGGCUCCGUAGCAGACUCUGAUCUCAAAAGGGAAGUCAGAGGACUCAUCAUUUCCAAUGACUCACCACUCAUCCAGGUGUGAGGCUACAAGCAGGUGUUCUGGCACGAAGGAAGAUCUGGAUGUUUUGUUCUGUUCUUAAUAACAAACACACACACACACACACACACACCCUUUUAAUCAUGUUUAGAACUCUAUAGGUUCUCUGUCCUAGAGGAAUUGGGCAAAACAGUAGGAUCAUGAGGUCACCUACCUUCUCCAGCUUUGCAGCUGUGUUCAAUCUUCCUUCCUUAUCUGGAAUGCUUACUCCCUAAGGAGAAAAUGAGAAGCUCAAUGCCAGUGGCCCUUGAUAAUGGCACAUAUUUUUUUUUAUUUUUUUUUUAACAUUUAUUUAUUAUUGAGACACACACACACACACACACAGAGCAUGAGCAGGGAAGGAGCAGAGAGAGAGGGAGACACAGAAUCUGAAGCAGGCUUCAGGCUCUGAGCUGUCAGCACAGAGCCCAACACGGGGCUCGAACUCACAAACUGUGAGAUCAUGACCUGAGCCAAAGUCAGUUAUUCAACGAACUGAGCCACCCAGGUGCACAUAUUGUUUCUGAUGGCAUUACUUUUAUGGAAGAGGAACCUGAAGUUCAUUUACUAGGAUGGUUCCUGAUGAGAAAAGGACAUGGAUUAGGACUUUAAAGUAUUGGACAGAAUUUCCCAUGGUCUCUGCCCUCAAGGAGCUCACAGUUUAUGGGGCUAGAAGUGGGAGAAAAUUCAGGAAGAUCAAUGCAGCUAGUUUGUAGAUGUUGGGCUUUAAGUUGAGGUGAUGGUAGCUCUUGAUGUCAUUGUCUUAGUUGCAUCUUCUUUGUGCUUGGAGUCAUCUGCCCCAGGGCUUGACCAGGCUUCUGGGUUUCCCCCAGGCCCAUUUUUCUCAGAAUGUUGUUCUGGCCUAGCCACUUCUUUACCCAUGGAGGAUGUCUUUAGGAAGACCAUUAGGAAGGUCUCUGGACCUCAGACCUCUGAAUCAGGCCUCUUUUUUUGGACCUGCUACAAAUACUGUUUGUGGAGUAGGGCUGCCUCUUUGUCUGAUAGGUUUGGGGCUAAACUUUGCCAGUGGUGGGUCUCUCAGAUGAUACCAGAUUGGUUGUUCUUAUUUUAGAUUCUUUCCCCAUAGCCUAUUAUUGUAACAGAAAUUCUAUCAUGAGAUACUUGGUUUUCCUCCCUAUUUUAGGAGAAAAAUACCUUGUAUCAGAGAACUAUAUUUGGUGCUGAGUAAUGGCCCAGAGAGCAAGUGUUAGUCUUGGAGCAUAGCCUAGGAGGCUAGGGGUUGGCGGUUGCCCCAGUCCUAUGGGGAAGAGUCGUGCAGGAUGAAAGCAGAGAUUAACUUCACCUACUCCUGCAUAUGGCUUAAGUCCAUGGCUUAGAGUGACUUCUUAAGAUUCCCUUAGCCUCUCAGCCAUUUGUCAAAGUUAUUCUCCCAGCACACAGUUAUGAUCAUUCACUCACUCAUUUGUACAUUUACCUAAAUAUUCUUGAGAGCCUUGCAUAAUGUAAGGUGCUUCCUAUUGACAUUCCCUGGUUGAAAAUUAUGUGUGGCUCUUCAUCGCCUGCUAAAGGGUGUCUACAUUUUGUCUGGCAUGUAGGGCUGCCAGUUGUUGGGUGGGGUAAUGAAUACUUAUCUCUCCUUCAUAUGAAUCCCACUGUCAGAGAAGACCUCUGUCGAGAUGGCAGUGGAGGGGGUGACAGACCUGCUGGUAUAGGGAGGAGCUGGGGAAGGGCAACCCUCUCCUGAGUAGUAGUAGAAACUUCCUGUUCUGCAAAGCUUUCCUGAACACCAUCCCCAAAUAGAUGGGAACAGGGGGGUGGCUCCGUUCUCCAACAAGGUCUAAGGGAUGGAGAAAAUGAAAAUAUCAAGACUUCUUUGGAACCAUCCAAGGAGGGACCUCAGUCACAUGCCAGUGUGGACCACAGCCGUCCAGUACCAGCACUCAUUGGAUGUCUUCUCCAUCUCUGAAUUGCCCUUCCCUUUCUCCUUCCCCUUUGCUUCAUGUUUGCUUCUCCUUAGUGAUUAGCAGUGAAACUCCUCAUAGGCAAAGGGCCUGUGUGUAUAUUUCAGGAAUAGCAAGAAAAGAGGGUUGAGUGAUCCGACAUUUGUAAUCCAAUUACAGAAGUAAUCCAGAAUGAGGAUUAGGGAGAGGAACAGAGUGGGCAGUGGUGGUUCUGAAGCAAAAGAGCAGCAGGGUAGGAGUCCUGGCACCUUAAGGAAGAGAGAGAAUGUGGCACAGAUAGAGACAGAGGCUGGAGAGAUGGUGUAGGUGGAGGCCUCUGUGAAGAAGAAAUGAUUUGGAUGCUAUAUUUGGACCUGUUUAUCCUGGUCACCUAUCCCCCCUCGUAUCCAUGGGAUAUCAUGCAACUGCAGCCACAGAUCAGAGACAUGGCACCCUGUCUGUUGGGUAGCCCGAGGGACCCAUAGAGGUCAGCCUAAGGCUGCGCAGCCUCCUUUCCAGGGUAGUAGGAUUCAGUGCUUCCAUUUCAGCCAGAUUAGGCUGCUCAGGCUUCUUCAGUAGGCUGUGAGUUUUCCCCACUGCAUUAGUCAGUAGAUGUCAUGCCAUCCUCUCCUGUGCUGCCAGAGUGCACAGUGGAAGCCUCCCUUUGGUCAUCACCACAGCUUGCCAUGUAUUUCUGUUGUUGUGCCCUGUAGGCCUCUGCGAGGCUCUGAAUUCCUUGAGGGCCAAGGCUCUAUGAAUCCUCCCUCUGUGCUUUUUACCUUGAAUCACAAUGGUUGCUUUAGAAAUAUAUGCUUUUUCUAUUAUAUUCUGAAUUCCCUGAAGGUAAGGACUGUGUCCGAUUCUUCUCUUUGUCCUCUGCACCCGGCACGGGGGCCUGUCACAGAGCCUGGCACAGAACAGACAGCAGUAAAGUUUCACUGAAGGAAUAAAUGAGUCAAAGAUCCUUGGCCUUCUGGAGAUAAGAGACAAGGCCAGGGCAAGCUCCCCCACAGGGAGAAGCAUACUGUAUCCCCUGUAGAUUGGAUAGUGUUCUAAACUUGCUGAGCACUCACUCUAAAUUAGUCUUCUCUAUGCUGGCUUGCUUCCAGGUCAGCCCGGAUGUCCCAGGAUGACAGCCUAAGACUGAAGCUAAGCCUUGACUUGGGGUUGUCAUUUCAGUGGUAUUUCCCUUCUGUCCCUGAUUGGAGUGUCUAUAACUGCCUGUCAGAGGGGGGGUGCUCUGGUUCAGUGUGGUCUGAGCACGUCUUGGCUCCGUGAUACCAAGUGCCAGAAGUGCCCUCCGUACCAUAGAAACUACCAGGACUCUGAAACAAAGAACAUGAAUAAAGAGCCUAAUUCCGA